UAUUCAUACAUAUGUAUAUGUUAUGCUUUCAUUUAUGAAUAAAUAAAAAUGCGUAAAAUUUUCGCAUUUAGUUCAUUAUCAAAAUUCGCGAACAACACUUGUGACCAUGAAUUCAACGGAGCGCUACAUACUUAUCUGCACGCUGUUAUUCCUUAUCGCCCUUGCAAGAGGAGUUCCUGUGGGCAUUUCCCCAUAUGAUUCGAAUAGUGAAAAUAACGCAGACUUUUGCACGGAAAAAGCAGCAAAUGGCUUCUUCGCCGACCCAUCUGAUACGGAUUGCACCAGUUACAUCAAUUGCUAUAACGUAAACGGCGAGUGGAAGACGAAACUACUGAAAUGCCCUCAAGGGCAAUACUUUGAUCCUGCAUUGAGCUUCUGUAGCAGCCUUUAUAAUUGCUCACUUUGAAGGAAGACUGCAACUGCGACGUAUUUAGUCUGUGAAUAAUAUCUAAGUCCACAUUUUACUCUAUAAAUAUGUGUAAUUUAUUUUAUUUGAUUUCUGUUCGUACAAUUACAUUUUGUAUAUGAUAUGUAGUGGAGUUAGGGUAACUUAAUUAUUGCAAAUAAAUCAAUACUAAUAUAUAAAUACAUAUGAAAUGAA